CUCCGUAGCGGCGCCUCGGUCCGGUUGUGCCGGAAGUCUCCCUUGGCGGAAGGGGCCGGCUGCUGGGCUCACCUGGCAGAGAAGCGAGCGCGAAGGGGCCGGGAGGGGGGCGCCUGCCAGCCAGCCAGCCAAGCCAAGCCCGCCCGCCCGCCCAGCCCCGCUUCGCCGAGCCAGGCCAGGCCUCGGGUCCCGCUCCCCCUCCGCCCGGCCCGCGCGCGGCCCGCCACCCUGGAAGAUGCUGCCUUUGUCCAUCAAGGACGACGAGUACAAGCCGCCCAGGCUCAACCUGCUCCGAAAGCUCUCGGGCUGGUUCAGGUGAGGAGCGCGAGGCCGGGGGAAGAAGCAGCCCGACGCGCCUCCACACGCGUGUGCGUGGGAACGCGGUCGGAGGCGAGCCCAGCAUGAGGGCUUGGCGGCAUGGAGGCUGCCUCGGGGAAGGAGCGAGGCUUUGCGCUGUGGGAGGAGGAGGAGGCUUUGCUUUGGCAGGCCUUCUUGUCCCCUUGGGGGGGGUCGGGAGGUGGAGAUACAGGUGCAGGGGGGGCUUGUAACUGACGCUGGGGGGGGGGGGGCUCCCAGCCAGCCAGUCUGGUACGGACGUGGGUGGGGGGUGACCACAGUUGGAAGGCACCCCCAGGGCCAUCUAGUCCAACCCCUGCAAUGCAUGACUAUUUUGCCCAAAGUGGGACUCUCGAACCCAGGACCCUGAGCUUAAGAGUCUCCUGCUCUAGGGACUGAGCUGUCCCAGAGUACCAGCUUCUCUUCUUCCCUUGAGAGAGGCAAGACCCCGGCCAGCAUCGCUUCUUGGCUAACUCUCUUUUUCACCCACAUGCUCUCCUCCUCCUCCUCUAAGUGCGCCCUGUUUCCUGCCCGCCCUUUAGGUCGAUCCUGUCGGACAAGACGUCAAGAAAUCUCUUCUUUUUCCUCUGCCUCAACCUCUCCUUUGCCUUCGUGGAGCUGCUGUAUGGCAUCUGGAGCAACAGGUACCGGGAAGGGAGGGAGGAUGCGGGAGAGGCGGUGCCUGUUCAGCUCCGCUGCUACUGCUGCCACGUCUCCCUCUGGCUGGUGCUGAGGAAGCACCAGCGCCGGGUUUGUGAUGAUGGCCGAGAGUGUCAUUGGCCCUGGGAAAAGAGGGUGUGUGUUGGACUAUCUCAUUCAUUCCUCCUCGCUGGAAUCAUUUCAGUUACCGGCUGAGCUGCCAAUGUUUGUUUUAUGGGAAGCGGUCUUUUUGGUACACGUUGUUUUAAGAGCAGGUUUUAAACUUCAGGAAGAAAAGAAGGCAGGGAGGGUUUCAAGAAGAGGAGGUGACUGUACUAGGGGUGGGGAAAGAAAUGUUUUGGAGCCCUUAUCCCUUUUUGGCUGGCUUGAAGGUUUUUGUUGGAGCGACUGCUUGCAUAACCGUUGCCUCUGAGUACAUGAUCUGCUAGAUUUGGUACUCCUGAGGAGUUAUGCAGUGUACCCUGUGUAGAACUGUUGCUAUAGUAAGAUCAGGGAGAAAAUGCUGCAGGAUAAGGAAACCUUAACUGGUCAGGUCCUGUAGAUUAGAAGUUGCCAGAGGCAAAAUGUCAGCAUGCUGUUCCUUUAGCUCAUGAAGGCGUAACUUCUGCAGCUGUAAUGAUGCCGUAGUGGUUCUUGAUUGAUAUCUAGGCCUUUAUUUUUCUCCGGCAAAAUUUGGGAAAGUUGUUGAUAGUUUAUGGCACUUGUAUUCUCUUGUGGAAGCCAUAUAAUCAAUCCCUUAUUUCUUAUGAAGCUGUGUCCUUGUAUCCUGUACCUCGGAUUACAUACACGUCAGGUAACAUACGCUUCAGGUUACAGACUCCGCUAACCCAGAAAUAUUACCUCAGGUUAAGAACUUUGCUUCAGGAUGAGAACAGAAAUCGUGCUCCGGUGGCGCGGCAGCAGUGGGAGGCCCCAUUAGCUAAAGUGGCGCUUCAGGUUAAGAACAGUUUCAGGUUAGGAACGGAUCUCUGGAACGAAUUAAGUAUGUAACCAGAGGUACCACUGUAGUGACCAAAUGGAUGAUGCCAGUACCUCCCCAAAGCAAAUCAAGUACACUAUACUAAGAGCUGGUUCACACAUGGCUUUCCCCUUCUGUAGACAGAGAGAGCACUAUAGGAAACCCCUGACAGUUAAUUUGGGAAGUUAUGGCAGCUUCCAAACCUGUCAAUAUAUUGCAGAAUAAAUACAAAUAUCAUACUUUGCACAUACUGCUAUAUACGUGUUAAGAAACACAUGUAUGUAGGAGGAGGUGUUAGUGCUAUGGGCAACUGGGGAACGGGCAAACGAAAAGCCUUUGAAAGAAUUUCCUGCAUUUAACCAGUACUGUAGAGAGAGAACGAAGUAUCGAUACAACUUAUUCAAUAUUUAUUUGUUUGGGCUGCUUUUUAAAGGUUUAUAUGCAUGAGUAGCAUGGGUUCUCUUCAUGUUGGUGCCCUUUAGAAAUGUAUUGGUGGCAAAGGUAUUUGCAGUUCAGAGUCUGAUGUUACGAACAGCAGUUAGGCUACAGAACCAUGCCGGCUUUUGACAGCAUGGACACCUUUCAGUACAGAGAGCUCUGAGAAAUAUUUGACCAUGUAUCUGUUGCAACAAUAUAGCUCGCCAUAAGAUUCUAGAAGGAAGGCUUUGGCAUUCUUAAGUCAGAAAAUAAAUUGUUGUGACUUAAAAUCAAUAUAUAAACCACGUAUGCAUGAGAUAAAGGUAAAGGGACCUCUAACCGUUAAGUCCAGUCACUGAAGACUCUGGGGUUGUGGCGCUCAUCUAUCUUUACUUUGCAAAGGGAGCUGGCAUUCGUUCGCAGACAGCUUCCGGGUCAUAUGGCCAUCAUGACUAAGCUGCUUCUGGCGAACCAGAGCAGCGCACAGAAACACCAUUUACCUUCCUGCCAGAAGGUAACUUGCACUUUGACGUGCUAGGUUGGCAGGAGCAGGGACCGAACAACAGGAGCUCACCCCGUCGUGGGGAUUCAAACCGCUGACCUUCUGAUCGGCAAGUCCUAGGCUCUGUGGUUUAGACCACAGUGCCACCUGCAUCCCAAUAUGCAUGAGAUACUUGCACCUUACUGCUAGACAGCUAUUGGUUCCUGUGAUGGGUCUGAACCCUGAAGCAGACUUCAACAUUUAUUCCACUGUGAUGAGCAGGGCAGUGUCCUCUAGCAGGCAUGAUGAGCUAAAUGCCUAACUGCAAACUUUGAAGUUGUGUAAGUGGGUGGGGAUUACCCUAGGAGCUGUUCGUUGAUCCCUGCCAUCUGGAGCACAAACUGGGGAAGUGGGUUUUGGGUGCUGCUGCUUGAAGGCGUUUAGGGCACCUUUAGUCAGCAGAGCUCAACCCAGCUGCUCUCCACUGACCCUUUCUUCAGGAAUGGCUUUCAUCUAUGACCAGCAGUCAUUAGAUGCCUUAAUAGUCCCCAUGAUGCAAUUUUAUUAGGGUUCCUAUGCAUCCUAGCACCUUGUGGUAUGACAGGCUAUCUUUGUAUACAUAUUGUCUCUGACUUCUUGGUAUCUUUUAUACUCAAAAGCUUGGUAUCUGUCAGGCCCCAACACUGUUAGAAGCUGCUCUUGUGAAAUUUUUGCAUUACUGUGUCUUGAAGAGCCCCGUCUAUUUUUGUAGCAAACGGUAUAUUCAUAAUGAAUAUUUAAAUAUUGCUUCUAGUGGGUCGGUCUUCUGUGAAUACUAGGAGAGAUGAGGUGGGUUAAAUCUAAAUUAUGGUUAUGAUUAGUGGAAAGCUCAUUCUGACAAUUUAAAUAGAAACACACAAUUUCAGAACUAAAGUAUUUUAUGAGCUACUGGGAAUGAAUUUGUUUUUAUGACAGUCUUUAUUUUCUGCUCUUUAGUCCAGAGACUUUCAGAGAGUGCCUACGAUUCAAAUAAACAUACCACAUAAGAUACCAGUACAGUGGUACCUCUGGUUGCGAACGGGAUCCGUUCCGGAGCCCUGUUCACAACCUGAAAGGAACACAACCCGUGUCUGCGCACGCGCGAGUUGCGAUUUGCUGCUUCUGUGCAUGCGCGAGUGGCGAAACCCAGAAGUAACCCUUUCCGGUACUUCUGGGUCGCCGCCGGACACAACCUGAAAAGACGUAACCUGAACCGAACGUAACAAGGUAUGACUGUAUCGGAAAUAUUUAAAACCAAGUAAAACUCAAAGCAGUUAAAAGAUCUAAUGUUGGUACUUAAAGGCCUGGGCAAGUAAGAUGGUCUUACUCACACAGUGUUAAAAAGAAUCAGAGUGUGCAUCAGGCAAGCCUGCCUGGGGAGAGCAUUUCACAAGCAGGGUACAAUGGCAGAAAAGACAUUUCCCUGGUCACUUGCUGCCUCCCUACACAAGGCAGGGGAAGGUCCUCUGAGAAUGAUCUAAAAUGUUUGGGAGCUUCAUAAGAAUGCUAGUGUUUCUGAACAGCUGAUGAAUGCUAUGUACUUCAGACUUUUACGGAGUAAUGCUGAUAUAAAUACAUCUUAAGUUAGAGGAAGGUUAACAUCACUUAAUAAAACGACUCACUCCAGGCAGGCCUGUUUUGAAAGCUAUGCUUCCAAAUUUAGGAUAAACUACCAUAGGAGUAAUUAUUUUCCUGGGGUGAGUAAUAGUUUUUACUUGCCAAAUUGCUUCAGAUGCUGUGUGAGACACAGGCUUACAUUCCUGGGUAGGCUAGUAACAAUUUUUAUGGAGUUGGUUCCCUUUUGUAUUUAUUUCUUAGGCUGAUCCAAACCUACCUUCACUGAUAAAUCAGAGAAUAUGGUUGUUUCAACAUGCAGAUUAAUAAUAAAGAAAAUAACCAUUUCUUUGGAGCUGAACUUGCUAAUUCUUUUGAGCCUGCUUGUUUUUGGUGUUGAAGCAAACUAGUCAACAGGGACUUGUUGAACUGCUAGAAAAAUGAAGCUUUUCCAGGCAGUGACAGUUGUGGAUAUUAGCAUAGGGAAGCUAUAUCUGAAGAUCUACCAGAUCAUAUAUUACAGUCUGUAUGACUGGAUCCCCAGGAACAAACAGUAUUUACCUCGUUGGACUGUGUGAACCAGUCCUCUUAAAAAAGAUUCAGUGUAGGAUUUAUUUUUAACUACAUCAAAGGUAAAAUUUAUUUCACUGGUUCUGGUUUUUUUUUAAUAAAAAAAACCAGUUGCAGGUAAUUUUGAACAUAUUUUGGCAUUACUAUAACCCAGUAUCAUUAUAGCUAUGUAGAUGGGCUAGGCAAUUUCUCACCAGUGGAUUGUAAUAACAAGUGACUGUAAAGCUCUCAUUAACAAUCCUGAUUGGAAUUUCAAAUUAAUCCUGCCUUUUACCACCUGCUGAAGACUUGCCAUUAAAUGUGCUUGAUCAGGAAAUAAUUUGCCAUGAAUCAGUGAACACAUACGUUUUUGAACUCCUCCAGGUGUUCAGGAAUGGCUAGGUGAUGCUAUUGCCUUGCCUCUAUUGUGGGCAAAGUGUUGGUGGCUAUGUUACACUCUCUGAUUUCAUCAGAAUGUCUUAUCUAGGAUAGACUACAAAUAUUUUAUCCAGGAUUUUACUUUUGGUCACAGUACACUUAAUUCCUUCCUCUGGCUAACAAAUUAAUCAUCUUGUAGUUCAUUGUACUGAAUUUUCCCAAUGCUUUGUGCAUAAGAUCUAUUAAUUAGUCUCACUUCUUAAUAGGUUCUGAUGGGAUAGAGUUUUUGAAUGAACUAGAUACCGUGUAAAUGUGUAUUAGCAAGAAAACAAUAUUUUAAGUAAAAAUUCCAAAGGAACGCUGGCUUUUGAGCAGUCCUUGCGCACAGUGGAGUUGCUAAUGAAACUGACCUUGAAGCAUUCAAAUGUGCUAUAUCUUCUGGUACCUAACCAAAUGUUUUCUUUGCUUUUCCAGUUUAGGUCUAAUAUCAGAUUCUUUUCACAUGUUCUUUGACUGCACUGCUCUGUUAGCUGGACUGGCAGCAUCAGUAAUUUCGAAGUGGAGAUCAAAUGAUGCCUUUUCUUAUGGGUAAGUAGAGAAAACAUAGAUGUCCUAAGAAACCUAUAUAUUGCCUCUAAUGCCUGAUGGUAAUAGAUGACAGAAUGUCAGCAUACUCUAAUCAAAUUAAACAGGGCAGUGUUGCGUUUAGCAAUUGUACUGAAGUGGGCUGGUGGAAUUAGGCUGUAAAUAUUUCUAUUGUAAUUUGUCUCAUGUACACUACCUUUUUGGUCUCAGACACUUGAGAACUUUUCGCCUUUAAUGUUAAUGAAAAUAUGACUCAAAUUAAUGUCAGGCUGUUUAGCUGUUGGUUCGGGUACACUUUCCCACUCUCUGGGACAUGUGCAAGCUUCCAGAAAUCCGAAGCUCUCUCUGCUUAGGGAACACAAUGAAUGUUUAGUAUGGAUACAAGUUGCCUUGAAAAUCUGACUGGUGCUGUGUUGCUCCCGGGGCUUUCUGUGGGUUCCUGAUUGUGGUUUGUUUGGGAAAGUGCUGGCUUGGAUGCAAUGCUAAGACCGAAGCCUCCUUUCUGUGCUUGGUGAAGGGAAGAGUGAGGUCAGAGUGCUUGGUCUUUGUGCACCACCUAAUCUUUCUAACUAUGGCUUUGCAUUAUGCGCCCAUGAGACCUUUGUGUCAUGCUGCCUGAAGGACCUCUUCAGUUUCAUGCUUCGCACAUGUGCAUCAUGUUUGCUGGCUCAUGGUAACUAAUUGAUUUGUAUCAGUAGCUGUCUGGCAGGCCACAUAGGGCUCAAUAUCAUCUUUUCGGCUUCCCUAACCUUGGCACAAACCCUUCUGAGGACCAAAACAGAUGCUCACAUCUUUGAUAAACACACAUGUCAAUUUGGCUAUACAGUGGUACCUCGGGUUAAGUACUUAAUUCAUUCUGGAGGUCCGUUCUUAACCUGAAACUGUUCUUAACCUAAAGCACCACUUUAGCUAAUGGGGCCUUCUGCUGCUGCUGCGCCACCGGAGCACGAUUUUUGUUCUCAUCCUGAAGCAAAGUUCUUAACCUGAGGUAAUAUUUCUGGGUUAGCGGAGUCUGUAACCUGAAGUGUAUGUAACCCAAGGUACUACUGUAAUGUUCAUGUGGGGUCCACUUCUAUUGCUCAGUCAAGCAUGCAGAGGCCUACAGCAAAACCCACACCAACGGUGCCCCCCUGUAGUUUAAUUUCCUCCUCCUAACUCAGCUCUGAUAAUGAAAGUGAGCAGAUUUGUGGGGUGGGGAAAAGGCAACUCUUCAGGCAGCAGAUCAUGAGAAGGUAAGUUGGCUUUACUGCUAUCCUCCAUGCACUCAGUCUUACGAUAAAGUUGACACACAUUCAAGUUAAACUGGCAAAUACAUUUUUAGCAAACACAUGGCAUAUCUGGUUUUGGCCUCAGUAAGAAAGGAAAAAUGAACUUUCAUACGCUGCCGGGAGCAGCAUCUGCCAAAUGAGAAGCAGGGCCUGGUGUGCUGCUUUUGACCUGGCUAAGGGCUGCUUUCUGUGUGGGUUCAUGCAAAGUGGUGCUUGCUGGCAUGAAGCAAGCUGAACAUUGCCUCGCUGCAGAAAAUGGGGGACUGCACCCACUCUGGAGCAAAUCUUCCACUACCUGGUGAGAGUUGUGCCUGUAGAUCAGGUGAGCAGCAGCGCUUUUGGAACUUCUCACUCAAUAAAUGGUGCCAGCUGGUAUGAAAGCAGCGUUCAAGGCUCUGUUUCUCAUUCAGUGGGUCAGUGCUUCUCAUUUUGAAAAAUUAUUGUAGGGACUUUUGUGAUGAUACAGUUCUGGUGUGGAGUCUGUAUACCUUAUUUGCAUUCUAGGAGCAAAUAGUACACGGUGCUAGCUUCAAUUCUUGCUUUAGUUAUUCUUUUUAAAAAUAUCACUUUAUUCAGAUUAUUCGGCCACCAUUUGUUACUGGGUUUUUCAGCUAUGGGAAAAAACCUAAGACUUCAAUAGUUGUGGAAUUUGGGCUAAUGCAGAGUGCUACUAAGAUCUUUGUAAAAAAUCUUUCUAGGUAUGUUCGAGCAGAGGUACUAGCUGGCUUUGUCAACGGUCUGUUUCUGAUCUUCACAGCCUUCUUCAUUUUCUCUGAAGGUGUCGAGGUAUGUUAUGAAGAUGGCUAUAAAUCAUUCCUGAUAAAUAAACUGAUUUGUGCAGUUCAGUCCUGUGGUUAUUUACUUGGAAGUUGGUGUCACAGAGACCUGGUUUGCAUGACACUGUAAGCCUGAACUUAGUGGCAUUAAAGUCAAUAGUACCAGUGCUCCCAGAGCAAAGAAAUAUGUGCAAUGGUGCCUCCAAAUGCGGAAAUGCAUCCCCAAACCACCUUUUCACAAGAUUUGAGACAGCCCAGUUUUAGCCCCAUUAUCAUUAAAUAGCAGGCACAAACCACAGCAUGCUUCCCUAUCAGAGGGCUAGGCUUUGGGCAGCCAACACUUCUACUCUCAGAAAGACCAAAUAGUGGUGCAGUCCCCAGAAAGAAUUACACAAGCAAGAUAUUCCAAGCAGCUUGCAUCCAUACUAAACAUUCAUGUAUCCCGGGGAAGAGAAUGGCAGCUUCAUCUGCUGACUUGAUUCUUCAGUCUUCCCCCCCCAAACAAACUAGAUAAGUGCUAUGCCAGGAAUAAGCCAAGACUUGCUCUUGACCUAUUUCUGGUUUAGUGCUUGUAGUUGGUUUGAAACAAACCAUGGCUAGAGUUCACCUGAGAAACCAGGCUCUGGGUUUUUUGUAAUGUGUGCAGCAUCCCUGGGGGAUUAAAACAAGCCAUGGUUCAACUUGAUUGAGUGCUCUUUGGUGGAAGGGAUCUAGCUGUGAUGGCUCGGCUCUGCCUCCAAAAUACCAGUUGCUGGAAACCACCGGAGAGGAGAGUCCUUUUGUGCUCGGAUCCUGUUUGUGGGUUUCCCACAGGGAUCUGGUUGGCCACUGUGAGAACAGGAUGCUGGACUGAUUCAGCAGGCUCUCCUUAUGUGUGGAUGCAGACUAUGCUUCACAAAGCACUGAUAUGUAGGAUACCCUGAGAAUGUUCUAUAAGUGGAUGUUGUAAAUGACUUGCACUCAAACCUUCUGCUUCCCUGUUGCAGAGAGCCCUUGAACCUCCUGACGUGCAUCAUGAAAGACUUCUUCCAGUUUCUAUACUCGGCUUCCUUGUAAACCUGAUAGGAAUUUUUGUGUUCCAACACGGAGGACACGGCCACUCUCAUGGUUCUGGUAAGAUGCUCAAACAAGAAUCUUAUGGGCCUCUCCAGGCAUCCCUUUUAUUAUACAUUCAUGAUGAUUUGUGCUCAUGAUGUUAUUGGGGCAGUCAGACACGACCCCACUUUCAAUUUUGUUUGUGCCUGCAAAAGCUUUGGGUUGAACAUACUUUUUAAUUUCUACUCAGUGGAUGUACUAAAACGUCCUGCUUAAAUCCUGUAACUUUUUAUACCUCAAAUGUUCUGAAGUUGGUUUUUUUGGGGGGGGGAGGAGGUGGGAAUGUCCCAUUUUUGCUGCCCUAUAGUAAUGUAAUGAUUUGUGGACGGUCCAGUAUAAAUCUGCCACCAGCGCACUAUUAUUGCAACAUGGACUUGCUACAGAAUGCACUUCCAACAAAACACCAAUCUGGAGCGGCCUUUAAUCUAUCAUUUUGUCUCCAGUUUCACUAGAUGGCUCAGUACUAUGUUCUGUCGUACAGCAAAGUCCCAGUGAGAUGUCUUGUGCAUUCAUUAUACAGCUGUGUUGUGCCUCUCAUGCUGCAAUAUCAGCAACCACUGGUCACCCUUCACCAGCACCGUAAAAGCCUUGGAAUACCUUUGAUGUCCACUGGACUUUUCAGGAGAAAGGAAGAGUUGUUCCAUAGCUUAGAGAGCCACUAGAAGGCCUUGCCUCCUUGGCAUCAGCAAAACACCGCUCUAAAAAAUGAGUGGGCUAGAAUUUGUAGUGGUGCAAACCUCUUCUGCUCCCAAACUAGCAUGUUCUUAGACAUCUAUUCUGACAUUUUAAGAACCAGAACCUGCUUUGUUGUUUUUAUUGGCCAACUCAGUAAGUCCUAUAUAGUAUGCUAGUACAACUCACUGGCUUUCACUGCUGUCUAUAUUUAAUAUGUGAAAUGAAUUUUUAAUAUGCGGCACAUAGUAUUGCUUUAAAUUUAGCAAGGAGCAUAUAAGCUGCGAUCUGGAAAUAUGCAAAUGAUGGGAAAUAUCAUGCAUGGGGGAACUGUAGUGCUUAUAUAGGCGAUAGCUUGUGAUGAAACUACUAUUGUGUAGAAAUAUGAACUUUAGCUAUGGCUUUGUUCUGAACUAGUGUAGAAUAGAGCUAUGCUUUGGGUCAGGUUCAGGCACGACUCUCUCAAGCCAUGGUUUAUCAGCCUGAGAUAGAGCUGUGUGCUUAGGAGCCCUUGCAAUCCUGGCUUUAGUGCACAGUUCCCUUUGAUGUCUGAAUUGGUUUAUUGGCCUGUGCCAGUGGUGUCCAAACUUUUUUCAAAGAGGGCCAGAUUUGUUAACCUUUUUUUUAGCAUUGAAGUUGUUAACCUUUUUUAUGAUUUUAAAGCCAAAAUUUUUGAGCUUUUUUUUAGGAUUGAAGUUGUUGAGGUUUUGGGGGGAUUUUUACCCCAGGAAAUUAACUGCCACAGGGGCAGUGUCUGAAACUGGGCCUUAGUCAAUUGGCUAGAUUGAGCAAGGGCACAUUUUUAGUUGAUCACAAUAUUUUUGAUCAAUUAAUUGACUGAAAUAUAAGUCCUCUUGGUAGAGGUAUCCCCUCCGGGGACAAAAAAAGCGCAAAACCUCUUCUGUGAUUCAUACAUGCAUCAACUGAGAAGAAAUACUAUACUUUUUUUCCUGCAAAGCUAUUUUAUAAGUUAAUUUAAACACAUAUAACCAAUCAGUUAAGAUUGCUUUUCAUUAGAUGCACUAAUUAAGGGUGCUGUUUCAGGGCGAGGCAGGCUGCUUCAGUGGAAGAUUUUGGGGUAUCAAAUAUUUUCAGUUUUAAUAGGUAGAUUUUGGGGCAACAAGUUUUCUAGAUGGAUUGGCAACCAUAUGGAUUUUCUGCCUCAAGCACCGAAACGUCUUUGGCCAUUUCCAUCUUGUUUAUUGAACAAUUGAAAGACGCUAUUAUUGCUUCAUUGUUUUCAGACUUAACAAUUGCAGCUACCUACAAAGACAUUUCUUAAACCUAAGAAGGCUGCCCCUUCCUCAUCACACAGGAAUGACUUUACAGGGGUAACCCUGAGAAGUUAGUAUUAGUUGUGACAAUACACAGAAGCGUUCGAAGUCACUCCAACAAAUUUCUUUUUGCAGGGCAUGAACAUAGCCACUCCCUGUUUAACGGGGCUCUAAGCCAUGGGCACAGUCAUGGGGGACACGGGCACAGCCAUGAUGCCAAGCACGGGCACGGGCAUUCUCAUGACCACAGCCAUGGACAUGGGGAUUCGCAGAGUCAAGAUUACUGCCAUGGUAAGUGUAUAUGACAUAGCAGACUCACAGACACACAUGCACAUGUUGUGUCGUCUUCAUUGUGGAACCCUUGCAUGGAUGCACUGCAAGAUUCUUGACUUUUCUGGGCAGGAAGAUAACAUUGAUUGUACAGUCGUACCUUGGAAGUCCAAUGGAAUCCGUUCCGGAAGUCCCUUCGACUUCCAAAACCUUCGGAAACCAAAGUGUGGCUUCUGAUUGGCUGCAGUAGGAAGCCACAGAAUAAUAAUAAUAAUAAUACAAUAAUAAUUUAUUAUUUAUACCCUGCCCAUCUGACUGGGCCUCCCCAGCCACUCUGGGCGGCUUCCAAAAAAUAUUAAAAUACUGUAAUAUUUUAAUAUUAAAAAUAUCCAAAAAAUAUUAAAAUACUGUAAUACAUCAAACAUUAAAAGCUUCCCUAAACAGGGCUGCAGAUGUCUGGUAGUUGUUGUUCUAUUUGACAUCUGGUGGGAGGGCGUUCCACAGGGAGGGCACCACUACCAAGAAGGCCCUCUGCCUGGUUCCCUGUAACUUGGCUUCUUGCAGUGAGGGAACCGCCAGAAGGCCCUCGGUGCUGGACCUCAGUGUCCAGGUAGAACAAUGGGGGUGGAGAAGCUCCUUCAGAUAUACUGGACCGAGGCCGUUUAGGGGCUUUAAAGGUUAGCACCAACACUUUGAAUUGUGCUCGGAAACGUACUGGGAGCCAAUGUAGGUUUUUCAAGACCGGUGUUAAAUGGUCUCGGCGGCCGCUCCCAGUCACCAGUCUAGCUGCCGCGUUCUGGAUUAGUUGUAGUUUUUGGGUCACCUUCAAAGGUAGCCCCACGUAGAGCGCAAUGCAGUAGUUCAAGCGGGAGAUAACCAGAGCAUGCACCACUCUGGCGAGGCAGUCCGCAGGCAGAUAGGGUCUCAGCCUACGUACCAGAUGGAGCUGGUAAACAGCUGCCCUGGACACAGAUUUGACCCGGCGGACGUUCAGCUUCCAAAAAUAGUUCACAAACCGGAACACUCACUUCUAAGUUUGUGGCGUUCGGGAGCCAAAACCUUUGAGAACUAAGCUGUUCGAAAACCAAGGUACGACUUAUAUGUAAGCAGUUGAAUGUUGCCUUCUGACCAUUUAACACAUUUUCUGAAGACUUCAUAUGUAAGAGAUUGUAAGUAUCCCAUGUUGCUUGUGAUAUGUGCACAUGAUUAUGUUUCUUGCUGUGUGUGCUCCAAGGGAAAUUGCUGUGAAUAGGAACUAUGUGCCAUAUGUAUGUAUUUAUUUAAAAUUUGAUGUUAUUUAAUACGUGUGUAUGCCACUCAGAUGUGCAUAGGUGUGCUCUUAAUAGCACACAGUGGUCUCCCAGGGGAAACUCACCUCACUCAUUAUAUAUAUAUCUUUAGGCAUCAGGCAAAAACUUUCCUCUAUAACCAGGCCUUUGGCCUUUAAUUAUCUGUUGCCUUUUAGAAGGGGAUGGGGUGUUUUUAAUGUAUUUCUUUUCCCUCUUGGUUUUAACGUAUAUAUGUAGGGUUUUUAUUGUCUGUCCAUUUGGUUUUAAGUCAUUUUGGGCUGCUCUGGGCAAAAUAAAGUGACUAACAAAUUAAUAAAUAAUAAUAAUAAACAGCACACAAGCGUAUACUUACAUGCAGAAUAAAUCUUUUUAUUCAAAUGGAUCCUUGCAAAUCUGUAUCUGAAGCUGCUUGCUGUCAUUUGAGAAGAACAAACAAACACUGAUUCAAAUCCAGAUUAAAUGGGGACUGUCAUCAGUUCUAUUUUAAGGCUCAUGGCAACAUUUUCUUUUAACUGCAUUGAAGGUGAAGGUGGACAAUGACUCAGAGUCACUUUCUUGCCAACUUUCAGGGGGUGAUCAUGGGCCAGUAGACCUCUCUCACUCUCACCUUCUUCAUAGGUUGCAGUGAGGAUAAAAUGUGUUGGAGUGGGGACAGCAACACAACCAUGUAUGUUGCCUUGAGCUUGAUGAAAUCGUAGGCUAAUAACAUAAUUGUUGAAUGCAUUUUUGACAGUGAAGGAAGGUUGCUGAAAAGGAUCUUUUUAAAAAAAAAUCAUGCUGUGUAGAUGUUGAGUAAUUAUUGUCUAGUAUUCAGCCUCCCAUUUUUAUUUUUUUUGAACAGGUAAUUAAAACGUCAGUGGCUUAGCUGCAGAAUAAUUUGGACUCCUGUAAUAUGAGAUAAUUCAUGUCUGAUUUCUAAGUGUUUGUUUUUAAGGCCUUAAACUUUACAUGUUCUGGCCGUGUUUGACUUGCUUCUGGAUUCUCAGCCUAAUAGUAAUUUGCACUUAGAUACGACCCAUUGUUUGGAAAUCGUGACAUUAUGUCCCAAGUUGGCAGACAACAGAGCUUUCUAUGGCUUGUGCCUGCGUUUUUAAUUUGCUUCUUCCAUCUUUCUCUUCUCCUGUCACCUCAGAACAGAACCUAACAUGAAAUCGCUUGGAAAGUUUGGAUUUUGGAGAAUUCAUUGACUUCCCUCCUCCCUCUAUACUUUCACUUAAAAAAAAUUCUAGGUUCAGUUUUUAUUUUAAUUUUUUAAAAAAAGGAUUUCUAGUUCCAUUUGAUUAAGAAAGUGGUGCUGUAUCAGCAGUUGCUGCAAAUAAUACGAUCCCUGAAAGAGAACUUCAGUGCUGAACAGAAACUCGCAUAACAUUGAGAGGAUAAAUGCGUUUUAUCUUCCUGCUGUUUUACAGAUAAUCAUCCCAUUGAAUUGGCUGCAGGAUCCAGCAAACAGAUUUUAGAAGGUAAGUUAUCAACAUAGUGUGCUAAAACAGAGUCGGUGGAAAUGAAGCAAUAAUAGCAUAAUGCGAAUCUGGAAGAAACAAAACUAUAUAUAUAUAUAUAUAUAUAUAUAUAUAUAUAUAUAUGUUUUAUGAUGAAAUUCACUAAUAAUGAGGAUACACAUUUCUUUUCUGACCGAUCCUGGACUUAGGGGACUCAGCCCCUUGGGGAGUUGGGCAGCAAAAGCCAACCACCCCUAUUUUUCUACAUCAUACUCGAGAAUUCACUUAGCUUAUGUCCUAUUGUGUUCAGAAGGAAACAGGAAGGAGCAGUUGUUGUGAGUUGCAUCACUUUGCACUGAUGGAAUGUGCUUUGAUCUGGUGUAGGGAGCUGUUAGCAGAAUGUGGAGAAAGGAAAGCUUUGUUGAUUCCCUCUGCUCCCUCCAGCUCCAUCCAUGUGCCCCCAAAAUCAGACAGACAGAAGCGGUUAAAGAUAGCCGCUGCCUUUUUAAAAAUGAAGUAAGAAUGCCAUGCAGAUUAAGCUUUUCAAGUCCUGUUAGAACUGCUCCAUCCUUCAUGGGAGAUUAUGCCCUCGGCUACCAGCAGAGGGAUCCCUAGGCUUAGUUUUGGGAUAGGUUCUACAUAUCAUUGAAAUGGAGUGGCUUGAGUGGCUUUGUUCAGAUUUGUGUAACUUGCCUAUAUUUAUAUACGAACUUAAGUAGUGUAUUUGGAAAAAGAAUUUGUUGCUGGCACACGAAAAGUAUUUUCAGCAGUUGAAAUGCAGAAGGGAUCAUAAAUGGUUUUUUUUUGUUGUUGUUUUUUGCACAACUUCCUUCUGGCAAAGCUUUCUUCGAGUUCAGCUCAUAAAAAUGUAUUAAAACAUUUCAGCUAAUAAAAAUAUAUCAGUGGUGGGUUUUUAAUCAUGCUUGGUGUUUUAUUAAUUUGGAGAAAAACGAUUGCUCUGCAAAAAGUUCAGGCCCUCAAAAGGGUGUUAGAUCUUGUGACAACGGUUUUUCUUAUGCUUUGCGUACUAUGAAGGGACGUGUAACCAUUUGGGAAACCGGUAUAUAGACAAGUAGUGAAGAUUUAUUUUAUUGUUGUGUAUUAUUGUAUUACAGUUCUUUGUUUUUGUUUUAGAAAAGAACCUAUUUUAUUAUAGGUUUUUUUUCAUCGUGUGAGUAACCCACGUGACUUUUGUUAGAGGGUGACCCACAAAUAAUGUAAAUAUUUAGUAAAAUGUUCUUGUAAAAAUGUUCCUGAUCAUAUGAAGGAGCUGUUUCCAUAGUAUGUUUGGCAUGGGUACCACUUCUUGGAUUAUUUGUGUUGUCUGAGUGAUGUGAAAAUAGCCUGCACUGCAUCUUCUAGAAACUGGGGAAAGCCCCAGUAUGGAUUCCACUUGUGGCUCACAGCUUCUGACACUACCUUUGCAGAAUGGAAUUGAGAUCUGCUGUAGUAGAUUUCUCCAGUAGGAGAGUGUAGUAGAGAGCCAGUGUGGUGUAGUGGUUAAGAGCAGUAGACUCGUAAUCUGGGGAACCGGGUUGGCGUCUCCGCUCCUCCACAUGCAGCUGCUGGGUGACCUUGGGCUAGUCACACUUCUUUGAAGUCUCUCAGCCCCACUCACCUCACAGAGUGUUUGUUGUGGGGGAGGAAAGGAAAGGAGAAUGUUAGCCGCUUUGAGACUCCUUCGGGUAGUGAUAAAGCGGGAUAUCAAAUCCAAACUCCUCCUUCUCCUGCAAAUGUAAUGUGAUAAUAGGCAUCUCCUUUAGUUUUAUGAGUAUCAUAGUAAAUAUUUACACAGGAACUGUUUGUCUGCUAUCCAUUGUCUGCUGUGCCACUUAUUUGAAGGCCUACUGAAAUUUACGUUGAAAAAAAUACAUUAAUAUGCUUUUUGAUCUUAACGUAUGUUUGUUUGUAGGUGUAUUUUUACAUAUUGUUGCUGACACACUUGGAAGUGUUGGUGUAAUCAUAUCUGCGUUACUGAUGCAGAACUACGGUUUAAUGAUAGCUGAUCCUAUCUGUUCGAUGCUGAUAGCUAUGCUUAUAGGAGUAAGGUAAGUGCUGGGAUGGGUGGUCAUUUUCUAGGGUUUGGAAUUAAAGCAAAUAUUGCAGCCUUGAUUGUCAAUUGCUAUAAUUGCAGCAUCCGUUCUCUUUAUCGCUUACUUGUUCCUCUCCCCCUUUCCCCCAUCGUGUAGCCAUUUAUUUCCACACCUAAAACUUUCUCCUGUCGGCAGCCAGUCUUGCUUGCACAUGUAAUUUCUGCGUAUUUUAGGCUUGCAAAAUGGCCUUUCUGACCCCCAUUGUGAAGCAUCUUUCCGUUGUGUUUUGUUUAUAUAAGCAAUGUACUGUACUACUAAAUGGAGAAGAAUGGCCUCAAAUUCAAUGGAGUCCUGCUGGCUGGCACGCAGUGUAGUCUUCACCCAAACUCAGCUGCCAAACUUCUCAUAAAAAGCUGCUCGAUAUCCGUCGUUGUCUUCUGAGGCUUCUUGCUGCCUUUUGUGGUGGAAUGUCUCAAGCUUAUUUAAAAAGUACCCCACGCAGCAAUGGAUUUCUGAACCGGGGAAGUGUUCCACUGUGUAACAUAGCUUUCAGAAAUGGUUCUAAAUAGAAGCUGACAAGGCAUUCAGACUUUUCAGUCACGCAGAACUCUUCAUUAAGUUGCACGUUAGGAGUAAUUUUUUUUAAAGCUUUCGGAGUGAGAAUAGGAGUCUAAACCAACGGUUGCCAGUCUGAUGCCCACGGGCACAGAUAAGCCCGCAAAGAGGGUUUCCAGAGCAACCACGGGGGUUUUCUCCCCCUGCUGGAAUUAGGAUUGAAAGAAGCAUUCUGUUGGACCAGUGGAAUAGGUUGCAAUUUGUGCUUGAUGGUCGUGGCAGUUUUUCCGGUUCGCAGACCUGCCCAUGAACCAAAAUAGGUUGGCAGUCCCGGGUCUAAGCUGUUGUCUGCAAUGUUCCUGUCUUAAGAUGGUAGUAGAGGGAGCUUUCAAACGACUUCUUUAGAUGAGAACUUUGGCCUUUGUGUAUAGAGCCCAAUAUGUGUAGGCCUGGGUCAUACAAUUUGUACUUCACUUUUGUGGUGUAUAGAUUGCUGGGUGCUCCCACUAAAACUAAGCUCCUACAUGAUGUGAGAAGGGGAGCAAGCAAUUUUCUUAAAAUAUAUAUAUAUUGGGGCGAUUGUCUUAGAUGUGUGGUUUCCCUGAUUUACCCGUCUUAUAUCUGCAUUUGUGGGCUGAGUCAGCGAUGAAGGCUUAGCGUGUUAAAUUCACUUUAAGCCUUUUUGGAAGGUUUUGCUUUGUCCCACAAAUUUUGUCAGUGUUCCUGUCGGGGAGGCAUGGAAUCUUCUACCAUGCCAUCUUCUACCUUUGGAAAACCAGCACUAUGGUGUGUUCUUGAAGAGAUUUCAAAAUAGUGGAUAGUAGAAUACUUGAGCUAGUACCCUUUCUUUCAAAUUUAAACCGGGCAUAGACCUGUUUGAGGUUAUGAACAAAAUUGUCUUCCAUUCUGUCAAAUGAAGACUAUACUGAUUUUUUAGCUUUUGAAGAUCAGGCUCAAGAACUUGUUUUUAAUUUUUUAUUCAUUGCCGUACCAUACAAAAACUGUUGUAUGUAGACAUUUCUAAGUGGGAAAGGGAAUCUUUUGCACAUGAAAUACAUAGUUUUCAGUAUGAAAACUACAUGUUUGCUAAAAGAUGGAAACUGAUAACCUGAGAUGCACAAAAUGUGUAUUUUCUCUAUGUGGGUUCUUUUGCCUUCUUGCCUCUACUUGUACAGUGGUGCCUCGCAAGACGAAAUUAAUCCGUUCCGCGAGAGUCUUCGUCUAGCGGUUUUUUCGUCUUGCGAAGCAAGCCCAUUGACGGAUUAGCGCUAUUAGCGCUAUUAGCGGUUUAGCGGCUAUUAAAGGCUUAAAGGCUUAGGGGAUUAGCUGCUAAAAGGCUAUUAAAGGCUAUUAAAGGCUUAGCAGAUUAGAUAAAGGGGGAGCGAAAAAAAUCUCAAGACUCGCAAGGUAUUUUCGUCUUGCGAAGCAAGCCCAUAGGGGAAUUCGUCCUGCGAAGCAACUUCAAAACGGAAAACCCUUUCGUCUAGCGGUUUUUCCGUCUUGCGAGGCAUUCGUCUUGCGGGGCACCACUGUAUUUAGUUAGGAAUAACCCUUAAUACUCCACAAGGGUAACGAAGAAAAGCAGAGUUGCAGCUCAAGCUUAUGCACCCUUAGCAUCUAAAUCAAGUUCAUGUAAUAUUUUGUUUCUCUCUGAUCUGGAAGUGAGAAUUUCUGGGAGAUGAGCAUGCUGUAAGGAUGGUUUCUUGGUAGCACAAGAGAGUGCAAGCAGCCAGCUGCUGGGGAAAGGGUGUAUGGAUAGGAGGUGGAGGAGAAGGGUGAAAUUUGGCUGCAGGACAACACCUGGAAGCAAUUUCUGAAUCAGAGGCACCGCUGCAAAAUAAUCCAGGCCCAAUGUUCACCUUAAGUUCUUGGCGUUAAAUCUGAAUCCCGUUGACAGCGUUGGCUUUCAUUGAUUUAUGGUGCUCCCCAGCUCUUUACAUUUUGAAACUUGUGGGUCUAAAGCUGAUGGCAGCAAAUUCAGACUUAUUUCUGUUGACUUGUGAAUCACGUUUCUGUGGCUCUUUUAAAAGAUACCAGCACCAGCUAUCAACCCUAAGUUCCGGUUUUAUGAUAGUGCAGUGUCAUUGCCUUGGUUCCAGGCCAGAUGUGUGUCAUGCAACAUGGAAAUGAGGCAACAUGGCCUUUUUGCACAACAAGCGGGCAAUAUCUGUAUUAUGGUUGUACGUAUGCGGAGGCAUGUCAGUUGAUGUGCGGUUCUUUAACAAUGUCUUCGGUAUUCUAAGGCUAAUGGCAGGUCCCACUCCGAUAUUAAUUACUGUUAUAAAAUGAAAACAAUUCUCAUAUUACAGGGGCCUAGAGCACACUUUGUAUGGGCUAGAGCCCACUUCAUUAUAUCCAUGAAAAGUUAUCUCCAAUUGGCAAGUAUCCAGUGAGAAAAAUGUCAAGUCUUGGGCCAAAAGGCCGUGAGAUAAUAAUAGACAGUGACAUACCGACAGUUGCAGAUACAGUGGUACCUCGGGUUAUGAACUUAAUUCGUUCUGGAGGUCCGUUCUUAACCCGAAACCGUUCUCAACCUGAGGUACCACUUUAGCUAAUGGGGCCUCCCAGUGCCGCUGCACCAUUUUUGUUCUCUUCCUGGGGCAAAGUUCUCAACCUGAGGUACUAUUUCUGAGUUAGCGGAGUUUGUAACCCAAAGUGUUUGUAACCGAAAGCGUUUGUAACCCGAGGUACCACUGUACUAUGAAAAUGGUAUCCCCCCCCCUCCUCUGCUAGUUGUAAUACUUUUAGUAGGAAAGAAGUCCAUAGACCCAAUUAAGUCUGAAUAAAGUAGAAUUGAAUUUACUAUUAGAAGUUUAUUAGAAUCGUAGAGUUGGAAGGGACCCUGGGUUCAUCUAGUCCAACCUGCUGCAGUGCAGGAAUAUGCAGGAUCAAGCUUGAAACUUUGGCAUUAUCAGCCUCUUCUUCUUCGAUCACUUGUAGCCGAGUAAGAUGGUCUUCCAUGAACAGGAUCUUAACAGUGAGUCCGUAAGUGACUGUGGAGGCCAAUUCUGGAUCCACACGUCUUUCCUUAACCAACUAAGCUAUCCAGUCUAGUAAGUCCUAGUCCAGCAGUUCUACAGCAGAUCUUCCCUUUGAAGUCUAGGUUGGAUUAUGGUGACUCUCCAGUCAACAGUGGAGUAUCAUGGGGGACGGAAAUAUUCUCCUACUUGUGUCUGAACGUUGCUGCUUUCUAUGUGUGAAUGGUGUCCGUUUAUUUUCUUUAGUAGAGAGUGAUCCAUGAGUCCUGUGUAGGGCUUGUCUAGAUAGGAGAAGAAUAUUGCUGGCCAGUAAUGGCACAUAUUGGCACAUCCUGCAGAGAAUGAGUAGGGGAAUGAGCUCUGAUGGCAUGUCUAGUGUUAGGUUUUGUAACAGUAUUACCAAACACUAUGAACAUGCAUGUAGAUUGGUGAUGUUGGUGGGUGCGUUCUACUGCAACAAAGAAGGAAAAGUACAUGUGAAGUGGCUUUCAGCUUCACUGCAGUCUCUGUCCACAUUUUUAUGUACUGUAUUUUGAUAAUGGGGAUUGGAGCUGAUCAAGUCAGUAUUACACUUGCCUCCAAAAAAGAAAAGAAAAAGGGAUUAAACAGUGUCAACUCUCCUUUUUGCCAAUGUGGCACUUCAUUUCCAGUUUACUACAGGUUCAGCAAAGGUAAAGGUAAGGUAAAGGACCCCCGGAUGGUUAAGUCCAGUCGAAAUUUGGCAAUGGGGUGCGGUGCUCAUUUCGCUUUUCAGGCCAAGGGAGCCGGUAUUUGUCCACAGACAUGUGGCCAGCAUGACUAAACCGCUUCUGGCGCAACAGGACCCUGUAACAGAAACCAGAGCACAUGGAAACGCCAUUUACCUUCCCGCUGCAGUGGCACCUAUUUAUCUACUUGCACUGGUGUGCUUUUGAACUGCUAGGUUGGCAGAAGCCAGGACAGAGCAACAGGAGCUUACCCCAUCGUGUGGAUUCGAACCGCCGACCUUCCGAUCGGCAAGCCCAAGAGGCUCAGUGGUUUAGACCACAGCACCCACCUGCUCUCUGCUAAAGUCAAAUUAAUGUAAAUGUCUCACUGUAGAAUCACAGAAUCAUAGAAUUGUAGAGUUGGAAGGGACCACGAGGGUCCCUGCAAUGCAGGAAUCUUUUGCCCAGUGUGGGGCUUGAACAUGCGUCCCCACUUGUGCAUACUGGAGUUCAUUGGUUGGUGUAAUAUACCGUAUUUUUCGCUCUAUAAGACGCACCAGACCACAAGACGCACCUUGGUUUUGGAGGAGGAAAACAGGAAAAAAAAUAUUCUGAAUCUCAGAAGCCAGAAGAGCAAGAGGGAUCGCUGCGCAGUGAAAGCAGCAACCCCCUCUUGCUGUUCUGGCUUCUGGGAUAGCUGCGCAGCCUGCAUUCGCUCCAUAAGACGCACACACAUUUCACCUUACUUUUCAGGAGGGAAAAAGUGAGUCUUAUAGAGCAAAAAAUACAGUAAGUCAGGGAAAUGAGCAGAGCUGAAUGAAGCUCACUCAAAAGGGGAAACUGAGGGUUUCUUCAUAAGCAUGCUUACAAAGAAAACUGGCUGUCUCAAACAAGAUCCCUGAUCUAUUGCCCCAAUAUUUUAAAAACUAAAGAAAAAUGCUGCAUGUUAUUGUUUGUAAAAGUUUAAUGGAAAAUGGUUGAAUUUAAGGGUGGCUGUCAAAGAUCUUUCGUUAACAUCCUACCUAAAAGUUUACAAGUUACAGAAACUAUUUUUGUCCUUUAGCUUGUCCCUAGAAAACAACCAAACUUGUUAUCAGAUUGCAAUUUAAUCUUUUCCAAGAACCGCAGUGAUUUAUGCAGGCAUGUAGUUCCUUCCAAACAAAAAUAGAUAUGCUUCCAAGCACACAACAAAGAUGUCAGAAUGUUGGCUCUGCUCUAGAAUCUUCUAUGUACAUAGGAUUCGCUGUGUGACACAGAAUAACAUUAAUCAAGAGUUCUCAAGAAAGCCACUGUCUGAGCCACAAUGGUGAUGCGGAAACACCAAAGGCGUUAUACUGAGCUGGAAGAAUGAAUGUGCUGCAUAUUAAGUGGGCCAAGAAAUAAAGCCUUUGAAUGAUGUACCUUAAUAGUGGUGCGCAUUCUUAAUUUACAAAAGUGGCUGUAUUUCAAGUUUAAUUUCCAUGGUACAUUUUUGGACAAGGUAGUGGACUCUGAAAUGGUUUAGAUACAAAUGUAAAUGUUUCCAGCCCUUGCUAGCUAGCUCAGUAGUCGAAACACUGCACUACUCUGAAGUUGCAAAAGAAAAUUACAUCUUGUGCCUUAUCCCGCGUCCCCCAAAAUAGAUAGGUCAGUCAAGUAUUUCCAACUUAGAUUUUCAGAUGCUGCUGAAUUUUGAGACUUUUGAUACCUGUUUGUUCCUUCUUCCAGGUUGCCCUUUCUCUCCCCUCUUUCACGUUUUCUUUCUAUCACUCCCUUCCUAUUGAUCAGCCGGAAAGUCCAUAAGAAAUCUGGGUAGAAAUCUUACCCAGGACAGUUUUAAAUAGUCCAUACCUUAAAAGAAAGGGGAAAGCUUCUGCUGAGCUCUCCUGGGUGCUUCUUUCCUAUUUGUAUCGGCUGCAGACUCCAUUAACCUCCCCCCAGGGGGCGACAUCCAAGGGGGUUCAGCUUGCACAAUGAGAGCCAGUGUGGUGUAGUGGUUAAGAGUGGUAGUCUUGUAAUCUGGGGAACCAGGUUCGAGUCUCCGCUCCUCCCCAUGCAGCUGCUGGGUGACCUUGGGCCAGUCACACUUCUUUGAAGUCUCUCAGCCCCACUCACCUCACAGAGUGUUUGUUGUGGGGGAGGAAGGGAAAGGAGAAUGUUAGCCGCUUUGAGACUCCUUAAAGGGAGUGAAAGGCGGGAUAUCAAAUCCAAAAUCCAAACAAUGGACUUCCCACUCUUCCAUCUGCAGCCCCCUCCCAAAAUCUGCUCUGGUGUGUUGGAGGACCCUCUGGAAUAGGUUGGGAAGGUGUGGAGACUUCAGCGGGGAGGAGAGGGAAGUCUCAUCUUCAGUGGUAAAUAUUAGAUAUUGCCCAUUAUACUCUCCCCAACACCCACCACCCACCCACCAUGAAGAUUUUAGCUUGGUUUGCAUGCAGGACUUUACCCUUGUGUGCUCACCCCUCCCCUUCCGUCUUUCCACCAUACCAUAGUUUUCUGUUGCAUCUGAUCUGGCAAAUUAUGGUCUUUGCUGCUUUCUGAUUCAGAAUCGCGAGCCACAGUUUUCCAGCCAUGUUUCUUAGGCUUUUAUUUGACUAUUGCUGUUUAUCCGCCUGGCUUUUUGUCCACAUUCUUCCCUGUGUUUGUUUUAAUACAUAUACCAAACAUUUUAAUUUCAAACCACACAGCCUCUGAUGGGAAUUUAUUACUCAAUAGCUGUGUGAAUGUUUGCAGUAGGAUGGACUGACAUCAGUUUCUCCUCCUGCGGCGACACUUCGCCACAGACCUUUGGAAAAAGGCUUAUGAGGUCAUCUAGCAAAAAACUUCUUUUGAGUUUUCCUAAAUUACUUGAAUUGAUGAUUCCACAGUUUUCAUUGAGAAUCUCGUAACCUUGCUAAAAGGAAUAGUUCCUCUCCUCCCAUUGCUCCUUUUGAAUAUUUCUUUUUAAGGACAGUUGUGUUGUAGUUGUUCUGAAGUGGGCUUAAAACUAAAAUUAAACAGUUCAGUGUGCAGUGUGUUGUGGGUUGGGAAGCCUGAGUCUGAGGAUUUCCUGAGCCCACCAUGAGAUUUAGGGAUGUCUAAUAGGCUCCAAUAUGAUCUGUAUUUCAGCCUGGGAAGUGAUGGUAGGAAUGUUUUUCCUCCAUAGCAUUAAUUGGCUGAUUUAAGGUGUGGAUAUAACAUACUUUAGGACUGGCUCCAAGACGUUGGAGCUGUUGGCCUGGAAGUUUGGCUCAUUUGCAUUUUCCUCUGCUACACUGCCAGUGAGCAGCAGUUUGUGGAGGACCCAAAGCGCCUGGGAAAGGUGCCAUUGGGAUUCAACUUUGAGUCAAGAGCUUUCAAGCCACUCCUCAAACUUAAUGUGCUCAAAUGAAGUUCAAAUGUUCUUUUUUUGUUCCAGACAGGGUGGAAGGUAUUCCUCUCUCUCUCUUUUAUUCCAGCUCUCUCUCUCUCUCUCUCUCUCUCUCUCUGUCUCUCUCUCUCUCUCUCACACACACACACACAUGUUGUUGUUGUUUAGUUGUUUAGUCGUGUCCGACUCUUCGUGACCCCAUGGACCAGAGCACGCCAGGCACUUCUGUCUUCCACUGCCUCCCGCAGUUUAGUCAAACUCAUGCUGGUAGCUUCGAGAACACUAUCCAACCAUCUCGUCCUCUGUCGUCCCUUUCUCCUUGUGCCCUCCAUCUUUUCCCAAUAUAUAUAUGGAAGAAGCAACCUAUUGCAAGCUUUUUCAUCUCUGCCUUAAGUUUUUGUUCUGUCCAGACUCAUUAUGUCACCAUGAAUACAGUUAUUGGUUGUUAUGUAAUGAGCUCGGUGUAUUUGCUGGAAAGGUGGAGAGAUAGAAAAUGCAGGGUAGCACUUAAAUAUGGACUGUGCCAUUGAAGGUUAGAGGGUAUUCAAAAUGGCUGAUAAUUGUGAUAUCUUUAUUUCUCAUAGGUAUGCUGUGCAGUAUGUGUAAAAACACACACAGACACACACAUGUUCCCGUUUACAAUGUAGUUGGUGCCUGAAGAUUCAUAAUAUGCCCCCAGUCAGCUAGUAACAUCUUCAUUUUGGAGAAGGGGUGCCGACUGGGGCCCUAGAUUAUGGAUGUCCUUGGGCCCUCCGGGGCCCCCAAGAGAUGGCACUUAUGCUUUGGAGCCAAAGAAAUCCUAAGCAGGGGAACUUGUGCUUUUUGGCUAUCCCGGCACCUUCACCAUGGGACCUUACUGCGUUCCAUGAUAUUGUCGCUUUUGCAGUUAGCGGAAGAAGCCUCAAAUUGCUUCCAAAUGCUUGCAGCUUGAGCUCUGCUCAAAUCCUUGGGUUUUUCAAGAAGUGCACAGCUGGCUGUUUUCGACAAGUCAUUUCAUUAUGGUUGAACCAGUCCCUAGUAAUUUUGUUUUAUGGUCGGUCUCCUCGCCUCCCUCCCGCCCUUAUUAUCUUGGAUCAUAAGAAAAACAUUCCCCAAGCCAGACGCAAGGACAAGAAUGUCUCUUGCAUUUCUUCUACAUUUUUAUGGCUAUUGUAAUUACCGUUGUAAUGGAUCUUGGGUCUGCAGAAUCAACAAUGUGUGUGCGUGUUUUAAAUCAUCAUUUCUUCCAUAUAGAUUUCAGGAAGAUCCCGCAGAUCUUGUAUCUGGGGUGUUUCUUACCCCAUAGUUAUUCUCUAGAAAGUCCCUGAGCCACAGGCUGUUGUCUGAUAGACUUGGCAUUGAUCCCCGCCCCCCGCAAGGAAAUAAUGUUGGUCUGCUAAAUAGUAGCUUAUUUAUUAGAAGUGUAAAGAUACGAUAUUUUCCUGAACUCUGGAUUUUUACGGAAAGUAGCAAGAGAGUCACAGAAGCAUGAGCUUGCACUGCAUGCCUUCCUUUGCUCUUGACAAACCAUCUCUGGACGCAAGUGUAUUUUUAAGCUCUGCAAGUUCAAACUUUUAAAUGCACAAUGCAUGUCAUUACUUGGAUCCCUGCUUUGCCAACACUCCAUCCACCCCCUUUGAAGCAGUAUUGUCCGAGGAACUUGGGAGAUCUCCCUGGCUGCCCGAGGCUUCCUGUUUGAUUCUGGGCAAGCUGAAGCCUUUCUGUAACCGCUUACGUUCUGUCCCUCGGCCUCUGGCAUUAUUUAUGUAGCGUCUUGAGCACUCUGCAGCUAGUCUUUCUCUCCCCCUGGGGCUUAUAUAUCCAAUCCCCGGCAACAAUGGGGCAUUCUUUUCUUUGCACAGUUCUUGAUAAAACUGUGUGUGACCUGUGACAUGUUUCUUUCACAAGGGCCCGUUUGAUUGCGUGCAUUGUGCCCGUGGCUUGGCUUCUGAACCGAUUCCCAUGGUUACGAUGACCAUGAAAACAUGUCAUUGUGGUGGGUCGUCAUACUGUUUUGGCCAGAGAUUGAAAUGAGCUUGAUCCGAACUGCGUACUCGGGUUGCAGGAUGAUGAGUGUGUUGCCCAGUCUUUGUGGGAAUCUGUGGGAAUCCUUCCAAUGGCUGUCUUACAGACACACACACACACACACACACACACACAGCAAAUGGCUUCACUUCCUGCAGCUCACAACUAGUUGGUCUCUGUCAGUAAGGAUUACAAUGCGGUGGAAGCCCUAAAAACUGCUAUGGGUAGUGUUGUUGUUGAAUUGAAUUGAAUUUUAUUAUUUCGGUCACAGACCAGUUCCAGCCCCAACAUACAAUAUCAAGAAAAUCAUAAAACAUGAUAGGGAUACAUUUGGUUGUUGAAUUUAUUCAACCUAUUCUUAAACCAGCUGCCUAUAUGAAUAUUGUACUGCAAGUAGAAUACUACUAGUAUUCUUGUUGGAAUACGCAACAACAGUUAUAAUUGUAGAUUUAUACAUUUGUGCCCCAUUAUAUUCUGUGGGCUAAGAGCGGCUUAGCCAUUUUCAUCAAAAUUACCGCUGUCCCCCAAAGGUUUCCUAAUGCAAGACAUGUGCAUUUAGAGAAUAAAGCUUUCGAGCAAAUCAAAAGUCCUGGCUUUCUCUCAUUCACUUUUUUUUGGUCUGGGAAAAAAAAUUCUGUUGGUUGACAGCUCUGGUUUCAAUUUGUCAUGUUUUUUUUGUUUUAAACCCUCUUGUCUCUUGUCAUAUUCCCUUAUAGCACUGCUUGAAAAGGCAGGUUAAACCCCUCCGCCCCCCGCCACCAAAAUCUCUUUUUGGAGUUGAGGGUUGGGAGGUACUUAUUUCUCAUGUGUCGCAUAAGAAUAGUUUUGCAUGCUCUGUUAAAAGAAAAAAAGUGUAGGUUUUAAGAUGACUUCUGUAAACCUUUCUAGUGUCGUUCCACUUCUGAGGGAGUCCAUUGGAAUUUUGAUGCAGCGAACUCCACCUUCCCUGGAAAGCAGUCUGCCUCAAUGCUAUCAAAGAGUAAGUUGAAAUAUUUCCAUAAGUUUUAAACAUGCUCCUGGACAAAGGAAUCGCAGAAGCCGGACGUCUGAAGGACACUUGUCCUCCAGCAAACCCUGUACAUGUCUUCUUCCUGAAUGAUCAAAAGCGUAAUAUGAUGAAACAAAUCUAAUUACCUGAUAGAACAAAUUUCUGAUUUUGUACAGUUUCUGUACUGCAUUGGGUUGAUACUAGCUGAUAUUUGAUGCUCUUGAUGCUCAUAAUUUAAGGCUGAACAGUGAAGGUGCAUCCUUGACAUCCUACGAGCAUAGCGUCUCGUAUUUUCCUUGAGUCACUGGGUGCUUCAUGAUGGAAACUGCUCUUUGUACCUUCCCCACAUGCUUAAAAAAGCCUGUAACAUACUCUGGGGUGGAGAGGGGCAGAGAAUGCAAUGUUCUGCAUUGUAACUGUAUACUUCUUGGAUAUCACUCUGUGUAAAAUAUAAUAAUUCCAAGAAGGUAUUGGAACACAGCAUCAUAGGCCUCUAUAGUCUGUUUUAGAAAUAUUUUUAUUUGCCUCUUUGAACAUCUGAUGACCUUCUGCACACUUAAAUCAGCAGAAGAAAGCUUGCCUGUGUAAUUAAUUCACAUGUUCUCAGGUUUCAAGCUGUAAGCAGUGAGGUCCUUUGUUUAAUUCAAGGGAUUAUGUGUAUUAGCCAAAACAGUCCUGAUAAAAUCAAGCAUAUUAUUUUAAACACAAUGUAUUGCAAGCGUGCAUUCAAUAUGAAGGUCAUACUGAAUUGGGCGAACAGUAAUGUUUCUAACGGCACAAAGGACCAUUUGUCCUCCAUGGAUUGAAAGCCAGUUUAUGGGAAGGAAGUUGAAGAAAUGGCUCUCUUCCCAGAGGAACCUAGGUUUGGGAUUGCUUUAUUAGUCUUCAAGGUAAAAUAGAGAAUCGGCUUGAAUUUGGCCUUCUUAUUAUAGGAUGCCAUACAGUCUGAUGCCAAUGCUAUAAAUAAAAGUAAUAAAUGUGGUGUACUGGGUAGAAUGUCGGACUAGGACCACAGUUCUAGGGAUAGGUAGAGGUAAAGGGACCCCUGACCAUUAGGUCCAGUCGUGGCCGACUCGGGGGUUGCAGUGCUCAUCUCGCUUUAUUGGCCGAGGGAGCCGGCGUACAGCUUCCAGGUCAUGUGGCCAGCAUGACUAAGCCACUUCUGGUGAACCAGAGCAGCACACGGAAACGCCGUUUACUGUCCCGCCGGAGUGGUACCUAUUUAUCUACUUGCACUGGCAUGCUUUCGAACUGCUAGGUUGGCAGGAGCAGGGACCGAGCAACGGGAGCUCACCCCGUCGCGGAGAUUUGAACCGCCAACCUUUUGAUCGGCAAGCCCUAGGCUCUGUGGUUUAACCCACACCAUGGUUCAAAUCCCCACCUGACCAUGAAGCUCAUUGGGUGACUGGGGCUGUUACUUCCUCUCAGCCUAACCUACCUCCCAGGGUUGUUGUGGUUAUGAAAUGAAAAGUGGGAGAGCCAUGUGCAUCACCUGGAGCUUCUUGGGAGAAAAAGGUGGGCUAUAAAUGCAGUUAGACAACCAUGGUUCAUUUGGUUAGUGGUGAUAAUGCCAAGGUUGCAGAUUCCAUCCCCAUAUGGGACAACUGCAUAUUCCUGCAUUGCCAGGGGAGCAGGACUAGAGGAUCUUCAAGGUCUCCUCCAAUUCUACAUAUCUAUGAGUCUAUAAGUACAUUUGCUGCAUCUCAGUUUAAACAAAAGAAAUAUGCAUACAUUGUUCAUUCAUGGGGCUCUUUUGUAUACCACUAAAUUUCUCUCGUUUUCCUUUUAAAAAAUUGAUUUCUAAAUGCCUUUUAUAUAUUUUAGGUUCAGCAGUUGCAAGGAGUUUACAGUUUAAACGACCCUCAUUUCUGGACCCUUUGUACUGAUGUUUACAUAGGGACUUUGAAACUGUUUGUAGCUCCAGAUGCUGACGCAAAGUGGAUUCUAAGCCAGACUCACAACAUUUUUACUCAGGUAUGUUUGAUGCGUGCCGUGUAAAUGUAGGAAUGGCACUGUUCCUUUCAGCUGAGGUAAUGCUGUUUUUGUGGAAAGGAAGAGUAAAGAAUAACAGGACAAGGUGAUUACGUUUUGUGUUCUGUAGUGGUCAGUCUAUGAUUUGUCCUUUUCAAUAUGUGAUUGCUGUGAAUGCUGAUUCAUGUUCGUUUUUUGCUCUGAUUACAGUGGUGCCUCGCAAGACGAAAUUAAUCCGUUCCGCGAGUCUCUUCGUCUUGCGGUUUUUUCGUCUUGUGAAACACGGCUAUUAGCGGCUUAGUGGCUGUUAGCGGCUUAGCGGCUAUUAUUGGCUUAGCGGCUAUUAACGGCUUAGCGGCUUUAAGAAAAAGGAAACAAACUCACAAGAACUCGCAAGACGUUUCGUCUUGCGAAGCAAGCCCAUAGGGAAAUUCGUCUUGCGGAACGACUCAAAAAACGCAAAACCCUUUCGUCUAGCGAGUUUUUCGUCUUGCGAGGCAUUCGUCUUGCGGGGCACCACUGUGAUUCUAGUGUUGCAUAUGUAGUUUGUAUGUAUGUAUGUAUGUAUGUAUGUAUGUAUAACCAGGCUAGCCUACAUUUUUUUAAAUAUCAGAAGGAACAGGAACUGGCCAGCUGGCUAGAUCCUUAGCUCUGCAUGUCACUGGCAGCCUAAGGGGGUAAGAACCAAACAAGCACAGUGUGGUGUGUGUGUGUGUGUGUGUGUGUGUGUGUGUGAAAGAGAGAUAUUCACACUUAAAAUUAAAUAAAUAUGAUUUUCAAUUUUAUACAUUUCAAUAUUUUUACAAUCAUUUGAACAUUUCAAAAUUCAACUUCCUUCCCCCUCUUUCUGCAGUUCCUUAAAUUUUCUGCAUAUUCCAAAUUAACUUACCUUAAUCAUUUAUUCAUCUACUUUAAAUGUAUACUCUUAUAAAGCUGCAGGUUAUUACAAUAAUCCUGCCAGUGUUCUUAUCUGUUUACAGCUUGUUUGUAAGUAUUCAAUCAACCAUUUCCAUUCUUUUAUAAAAAAUGUGCUAUCUUGAUUUCUUACAUUUCUGAGAGAUUUUCACACAAUUUGAUCUGAGCUACCCAGCUAGCUAUUUGAUAUUCCGUUUAAAUUUCCUAAACAAAGGAAUUUGUGCAGGGUGUAUUUUGCAUUAAUUUCUGGUGGGCUUCUCUAAACGUGCCACGCGUCACAUGCUUUUGCUAGCCAAUUUCACAACCAUAGCCAGUGUGGCAUAGUGGUUAGAGCACUGGACUGGGACCUGGGAAAAUGGGGUUCAAAUCCCCAUUCAGCCAUGAAGCUCACUGGUAGACCUUGGGCCAGUCACUUCCUUGCAGCCUAAACUACUUUCCUGGGCUUUUGUGAAGAUAAAUGAGGAAGAGAAUGAUACCUGUCACCUUGAGCUCCUUGGAGGAAAGGAGGGAUCAAAAUGUAAUAAAUGCACAAGAGAAUCCAUUCCCAUUUAAUGAUUGGUAGGUUUUGACAUGGGUCACACAAUCCCCUAGAAUUUGUAUUCCAAUGUGUUUCUUUUCUUCCAUCUUCACAGGCUGGAGUGAGGCAGCUCUAUGUACAGAUUGACUUUGCCGCUAUGUAGCAAAUAUCUCGACCGUCUCGUUGGACCAAAGCUUUCUAGUACUGUCAUGAUUUAAAAGACACUGUACUUCCUUUGGAACAGAGACCUGCUCCCGUCUUCUCUACAGUUGUCCAAAACUGAACAGACUCUGCUGCCUUGUGGGCUAGAUAAAGAGAGAAAAACCGAAAAACUGCGUGGCCCUGGACUACUUGGGAUUGACUUUCAUGAGCUCCAAACCUUUGUGGAUUUACUGGCCAAGUUUGUUCCUGCAGCAAACUUAAUGAUAAUGUGGUAUUGCAAUCAUUGGUUUUGCUUUUUGUGAAGCUGCUGGAAGUUAUUGCUUAUUCCCAGAAAGCCAGUGUUAACUACAGGGAGGGUGGGUAGAAAAUAAUUUUUUAUUUUUUUCUUAAAAUGUCACAGUGGUUGACAUUCUACAACGUGUAAGACUGUUUGUACUUUGCAAACUUAACGAACCAAACCAUAUUGGGUUUUCAGAGUGCCUUUUCCGUCAAAGUAUCUGCCAGCACAGAUAUUGAACAUCGGGGAUUUUUAUUAAUUUUUAUGGCUACUACUUGUACCCAAUAGGACUCUUGCUUGUGAUUGGUGUGAUUUAUGUGUAAUUGCAUAAUGGUAGAUAUUAGAUUCUCUCUCUCUGUUACAUUUUUAAACUUCCAAGGAGGUGAUUCUUCGAUUUUACAAUAUAAAGAUAAAAUGAUUACGCAGAGUUUGUUUACAAAACGUUUGACCACCAGGGCGUAAAUCUAGGCUGAUAGCCCCUUCACAUUCUUAACGGUAAUUAGAAAAUAACGAAGCACUCAAAACAAAGGAUGCGUUGCCUCUUUUAUUGACUGAUGCUGAAGGCUUUGACUGGCAGAUUUAUUUUAACUGCAGAAUGAAGGUUUGUAUAUGAUAGUCAACAGAUGAUCUGAACUUUUGCUUCACAGUCCAUGUUCAGAAUUAAUUCACAAGCUCUUCAGCCAGAAAUCCACCAGUUCAACUAGUAUAUGCAAUAAAGCCCAUGCAUUAUGUAUACAUUAUCAUGGAAUAUAAUUUGGUUUGUUGAAUCUGAUUGCAUAUUUUGAAAGGGUUUUUUUGCAUUAGAUUUGAAAAUGAGCCAUAGGUUCUUCAGCACUUAAUACCUUAAGAAGGAGAGUCUUCUGAGUGAACUGUGUGGUUCAGCUAAAUAUUGCUUCACAGCCAUCAUUUUUCAUUUUUUGUCUUAACGAAGGUUCUUUGUAAACUUCACCUUGGGCAAUAUAUUUCCUGGGUUUAUCCUGCAGUGCUAGUGUAAUGUAUAAAGGCUUGCUAGGCAACUGUCAGAGCGCUUCAUGACGGAACAACAAAGAUCUCACAAAUGCAUCUCUCGUUUCCAACGUUGAAGCUGAAGUUGGUCGGAAUUGGAAUGUAUGGUAGUAAACAAACCCCUUUUUACUAAUCAACAAAGAUGAUCGCACAUAUGUUCAAAUGAAUGAAAAUCACCUGAUUCCGUCCCCCUCAAAAGGCCAUUUGCUUGAACAGUUGUGUGUCAAGACGUUUAUUUAGAAAAACAAAAGUUGCUGCUAACCGAUGGUUAGAUACCCCCCCCCCCAAGUUGGCUUAGCUUUAGCUGGAGGGAGAUUUAUUCAUAGCUUUUAAUGAAGUUAGGCAUCAGAAAUGCCUAAAACGGAAUUAGUUUCUAUUUAAAAAGACUGUAACAUGGAACUUCUGGUUUUUAUGGGAAUAAUCUCCUUUUAAAAUGUAUCUCUUAACCCGGCCUGUGUAUUCCAUUACUUGCCGAUUUUAUUUUUACUUUGCUUGCUAUUAAUUUAGAAAUGCAAGUAUCUGACACAGUCUCUAAUUCAAGGUCUGAAGAUGAGUUGUGGCCCAAUACACUUCUUCAGUAACUUCCAUUCCUUUCCACAAGACGCAUCAGGGCUGCUUCACACAUGAAGAUUCCCAUAUAAUGUGAGCAGUGCACUGUGAGAAACCUACCCUGUGAGUGCAUACGCUGUAGAAAAUGCACGUGCCCUUUUUCCACACGCUAUAGCAAAUUCCAAUUUUUUCCCUUUCAGAGAUACGGUGUACCGUAUCUCUGUGAAGUGCCAUUGGCUCUGAACCCAUUUCAGUAAAAUGGCUUUUAAUUAAAGGUAAAAAAGAACCCCCAUUUUUCCCCGUGCAUAUUGUCGAUAUUUCAGAACUUUGCUUGUGUCUUCUGCUGAGCACACACUAAAUCAUUGGUUGCGGCUGAACCUGAGAGCCUAGGAAUUGCUCAACCUUUGAGUUGGUGUUAAUUUGCUUCAGGCCUUUCCCCAACGGAUGUAGUCCUUUUUAUUCUAACUUCUCUCACCCAAAUGACAAAUACUGAGCCUUGUUAAAGCAUACUUUGCCAAACACAUGGCUUUGAAAUUUGCUUUUAUCUAACUUUGGCAGCAGAGGUUAAAUUAAUGCACAGCUUUUACACAACUGCCAAAGUGAGAUUCUAGUGCAAUAGGGGUGCUUACCCAAUAAACGUCCAGGUUUCCCUCUAAUGAUAAUGUAAGGUCUUCAGUUUAGGGGAGGAGGUUUAUAUUAGUGGGAGCUUGUUGUCAACCAAGCCCUUAAGUUGUAUGAAGUGAAGAAAAAGUGUCCUUUAUACUUUUAGGCUUGGGUGUUGGCACACUACGCAGUCAUAGGAUCGGUCUAAUUUUUGAGUAACUUGUUAUACAAUAUUAAACCACUGCAUAGGGCAGAUGUUGGUACAGAUGGUAGCCAGCUGCCUCCGUGGUGUUCUUACUCCCGAAGCUUUUACAGGAUAAAGGUCGCUUCUAAAAAGGAAAGCUUCCAAUUACAUUAAGAUACUGGCAGUCCUGAUUAGUAAAUGAAAUAUCGCGUGGUCUAGGGCUUUAGAAUAGUGCAAAGGGUUAAAAAUUGAAGAAUGGAUGCUAACUGCAUUUUAGCAGGUGAAUGAUACUGGAAUAGAUGUGAGGAAAUGGGAGAUUGGCAGUUGGUUAUGCCAGUGCAAAUAAAAGGAGCAUUUUUGAGGGGGAGGGGGAUUGCAGCACGAUUUCAUUCAAAUAUGGCAGUUCAGCUCAAGUUCUUAAACUUGGCUAACCUGGUUCCAUUUACUACAUUGGUGUCGCAUUGAUUCUUGCUGCCGAAAGUAUUUUUUUGUAUUCCUGCAACAUUUUGUGUGUGUGUGCCCCUUCUAAGUGCUGUUUCCUACCCGGACCUGAUCUUCAGUCUUCUGAUAAUUGCUUUAUACCCUCCAAGAAUUGUGUCUCAUUGACUGAUUAAAUGCUGCCACCAAGCCUCGUGAAAAUGCACAGUCUCACGCCAAGCGUUUGGUUGGAAUUGAAAAUGCCAUUGUGGAUAUGGAAUAUUUUAUUUAUUUUCACAGUCCCAUUACCUGAACAGUUCUAAUUUUGGCCUGGGAUCAAUUUUCUGUGGCAAGGGUUUAACAGAAGCAGUGCUCACAUAGUUCACGUCCCAGGGGUAUACCAUAAAAGAACUGAUGGGCAUAGCGAUCUUAUUGCCAAAUUUGUAACUUUCAGAUCAGAUAGAAUGGGAAAACAGUGCUGAAACCCCAUUUCCUAACUUGCACAUAAAGUGGGGCUCUGGUGUCAGUCAGCCUGUUGUAUUUCUCAAUGCAUGAUGUACCGGUGCAAUUGAAGGACUUCACUGUUUCAGUGAAUUCAAAGAGGUGACUUCAGAUAAUGGACGACUGUGUAUACUGUAUUUGGUUUGGGAAUGCUAAAGCGAGUAGCCAGUCUGACUUGCCGUAAGUGCAAUACUGGACAUUCUCAUGCAUAUUUUUUUCUACUUGAAUACAGUCUCUGGAAUAUUUAAACAGCUAAUAUGUUUGAGACAAUAUUUGGGAUCAAUUUUCCUAUCAAUAAACUUUUUCCUUUUGCAAACGUUUUUCAAA